UGGGAAGACCACUUGGCCAGAUCUGACCGGUCGCAUAGAUUCCAGACCUGUAUCAAGACAAGGUUCCUUGGGUGAAUCUGGUAUCUUUUAUUAGACCAACCCAAAUAGUUGGAAAAUAAUUAUUAAGCAAGCUUUCGGGUUCAAAAACCCUUCGUCAGGCUAAGGAAGUUUCAGCAGUUGGUGUGUGCUCUUCCUGGAUGGAAUGAAAAGUAAAGAAACCAGCGGCUGGGCUGGUGAGUCAGAGGAUUGUAGAUGAACUCUACCCGUCUGUCUCAGGAAGUAUUCAGGCUGAUCAGAAGAAAUGCCCUCACAGAUUCAGUUUUGGCCAAAGGGGAUGACCUGGUGAGUGAUCUGAAGAUAGAGGGUAACCUAGGCAACAGUGACCAUGACACUAUCACUUUCACUGUUCGUCAUAGGUCUGGGAAAUUUCUUGACUUUAAAAAAGCUGACUUUGAUAAGCUAAGGGCAUUAGUGAGUAAUGCCCUACAGGAUCAUGGGCUGCAGGGAAAGUGUGUGCAUGAAGAGUGGUCGUUACUCCAGGAUACAAUCCUCAGUGCACAGAAGUUGUCCACCUGUAUGCAAAAAGGGUGGCACAAGGGCUAGGAGGCCAUCUUCGUUCAAUAGGGAAGUGGCAGAUCUUCUGUAAAAGAAACAGGAGGCUUACCAAUGAUGGAAGCUAGGAAUAGGUCCUAAGGAGAAUUACAUAAGAUUGGCCCACACUUGUAGGAAGCUGAUUAGAAAAGCAAAAGCCAUGACCGAAUUCAGGUUAGCAACCAAAAUCAAGGACAAUAAGAAGUCCUUCUAUAGGUACAUAGGUAACAGGAGGAAAAUCAGUGAAAGUGUGGGACCACCACUCAAUGCACCUGGACAUCUGAUCACAGACACCAAGGAGAAAACUAAACUCCUGAAUGAGUACUUUGCAUCUGUAUUCCCCCAGUAUAAGAGUGAUAACCUGCCAAAUGCAAAUAUGAUGCAGAAUAGUCACAGUAGGGAUGAUCACCUUCCAACAGUCAAUGUAGAGCUGGUGAAAGAACAGCAAGAGAGGCUGGAUAUCUAUGUCAGCAGGACCAGAUGAACUCCAUCAGAGUGCUGAAUGAACUAGCCAAAGUCAUCGCAGGACCACUGGAAAACCUCUUUUAGAAUCUGUAGCACUCAGGAGAGGUCCUAGAAGACUGGAAGUUGUGCCCAUCUUCAAGAAGCAGAGGAGAGAGAGGACACAGGGAAUUACAAGCCGAUCAGCCUGACCUCAAUAUCCCAGGGAAAAUCCUUGAAGAAAUACUCAGGGAGUCUACAUGUGAUAAGCUAGUAGAAGGCAAAUUCUCAAUGACAGCCAACAUGGUUUUGUCACAGGUGGAUCAUGUCUGACUAAUCUCAUCUCCUUCUACAACCAGGUCACUCACCACCUGAAUAAGGGAGAUGAGGUCAAUGUCAUUUACUUGGACUUUAGGAAGGCCUUUGACCCGGUGUGUCCCAUGAUUCUCUCAAGGUAAAACUAAGGGACUAUGGGCUCAGCAAUUCCAUGGUCAGAUGGGUGGAAACUGGCUGCGGGGUCAGACCCAGAGAGUACUAAUAGACCGACCUGUGUCAUCCUGGCAGAAAGUAGCCAGUGGGGUCCCCCAAGGUUCGGUACUUGGACUGGUGCUUUUCAACAUCCACAUCAAUGAUCUAGGCAUGGGGGUGAAAAGCACCAUGUCAAAGUUCACCAAUGACACUAAGCUCUGGGGAAGUGCGGCCACACAUCAGGGUAGGCUUCCAUUCCCAGUGAACCUAGACAGAUUAGUUAAAUGGGAGGACCAGAACCAGAUGCUGUUCAGCACCGAGAAGUGGAAAGUGCUCCAUCUGGGGAGGAAAAAGCCACAACAGACUUACAGGCUUAGUGGUGCUAUGCUAGGUAGCACCAUGUCCAAAAGGGACCUGGGGGGUCAUAAUUGACCAUAAAAUGAAUUUAAGCCACCGAUGUGAUGCUACAGUUAGCAGAGCAAAUGAUAUGCUGGCAUGCAUCAACUGAUGCAUCUAAAGCAAAAAUAAGGAAGUUAUUCGCCCGCUCUACUCGGCAUUGGUGAGGCUGCAGCUGGAGUACUGCAUCUAGUUCUGGGCGCUGCACUUCCAGAAGGAUAUGGAGAAGCUUGAGAGACUCCAGAGAAAAGCCACUUGUGUAAAGAGCAAGCCAUACAAGCAAAGGCUGACAGAUACGGAACUGUUCAGCCUAGAAAAGGGAGGACUCCAGGGAUGAUUUGGUGGCAGCUUACAAAUAUAUAAGGGGAGCUAGGCAAACAACUAUUCACCAAAGCACUGCAGGGAAAAACCAGGAGCAAUGGUCAUAAACUCCUAGAAGAUUUCAGACUGGAUAUAAGGAAAAACUUCUUCACAGUUCAUGUGACCAGACUCUGGAAUAGACUCCCAGUGUGGGUGGUGCAGGCACCUACCCCAGAGAUCUUCAAAAGGAGACUGGACACGCACCUUGCUGGGGUUAUUUGACCCCAGCAGUUUUUCCUGCCCAGAGCAGGAGGGCUGAACCCAGUGUUCUCAUGAGGUCCCUUCCAGCCCUAAAUAUCUGUGAAUCUGUGACUGUCUACAUGUGCAGCAUGGUAAGGCCACAGUUAAUUAACACCACUGUAGAAUAAUACUGCCAGGCACGAGUACUGUCCUACAGCAGAGUUUUUUAGCGUGCCAUAAUACACGUGUAGACAGUGACCGGGGCUGGCUGGGGCAUGAAGGUGCUAUAGCGUGAGGGCCCCCUACACUGCCCCAGCUCAACAUGCUGUGGUCCUGGGUGCACACAUAAGCACCGUACUUGGGAACAAUAAACUCCAGUGCGUCGGAGUUUGUUCAGGAGCACUAACUUCACAUGGAGCUGCAAGCAGUUACUUCAAGGAAAAUAUUUCUCCUUCAUGCUCCCUUUCAAACACAAGGUCUUCAUUAUACACAGGACAUGCUCUAUGCAAGAAAAUAUGGUAUAUAUGAGGAGAAAGUCAGCGAAAGCCAAGUCAGCUACACUUAGGACAUUUGAAAACCAAUCACAUGUGUGGUUAAUUCUGCAAUAUAACCUGAAUUUCCAUUGACAUCCUGUAUCCCAUGGCCUGGGUAUGUAUUGUUGCAUAUAUGCCACUGUUUUUGUUAGGACUACAGUGAUACUUGCAUGAAACCUUAUGAAGUGUCCUCAAAUUUCAGCUGAAGAACCACAGAGGAAAAUGUUCCCAUUGCAAAAAAAAAAAAAAAAAAAUCAUCUGCCCAAAAAAGCCUAAAUGGAAAAUGCUUUCCUACUCAUUUAUGAAAUCACAAAAUCCUCUGUUUAUUGUCUGCUACAAUAUCUAAGUACAUUUACUAAUACAAUACAUUCAGUUCUCAUAGAAGCUUACAUAAUUGCACAUAAUGCUAAAUGAAAUGAACAGACUGGAAUCUGUAAAAGUGCAUUUCAAUAAGCUAUUAUAGGACUAUCAGUUUAUUGAAGCAAUUCACUUUUUUGCAGAUAUAAAUAUGCAAAAUAAGUGUCUAUUUAUUCAUUUACAAACCAAAAGUCGCUAAUCAUAUUAGGGAAAAGACACUGCCGCUACUUCAACUGGCAAACAGAGUUCUGAGCUUAGGAAUCACUGUGUUUAUAGCUAAUGUCCAUGAAUCAUUUCAGGAAAGAUCGCUGACCUGUGAAAAUACAUAUAGAGAGCUCCUCUCUCCCUUGUUUAUUGCGAAGUUCCAUUACCAAUAAUGUGAAAGCUAUGAAAAAUAGCAUGCAUAACAUGAGAAUAUCAGAGAGAGGUAGCUUAGCUGUUAGUCUGAGGUCAGGCAGAAGGCAAGAUGUACUAUUAUGCUCUCUCACAAAAGGUUAUGCAUCUCUGAUUCAAUUAGUCUAUAAGGUUCAUAUCUACACUGCUUUCUGCAUGAGAAUAUCAGGUCUGUUUCAUUUGGCCCUAUGCAAAUGUGAUGCUAUUUGCAGUUUCAUUACACUAAAACUUCUAACAUGAAGCAUUUCACAACUUCAGAGCACUUUAAAAACAUUAAUUCAUUUUAACAUCUACACCUAACAAAGUAUGUGGUAUCGCAAAUACUGAGCAGUCGUGAUUUAGUAUAGAAUAAAUCAAAACAGCCAGAAUUGCACCUCAUCUCUUCCUGCUUGCCAGUACUUAUGCUUUGUUUCUUAGAUUAUGCCACACUGUAGAGAGAAGUCUUACUGAUAAGUUUUUAUCAAAUUUAGAUAAAUUAAACAAAAAAAUUAUAAACAUUAUACUGACACAGCUGAUUGGUCUUUUGUACACCAUGCUUUUAAUCAGGGUUUUACAGGGAAAAGUUUUUCAAACUGGUUACGUGUAUAAACGGAUUAGCAAAAAACCCAAUAAACCAUAUAGAUAGCUGAAAGAUGGUGGAGCUAGGUAUUCGAGAUGCAAUCCUGUUUAUUUACUUUAAAAAUGUACAUGUUCCAUUUUUCUGAACACAGGAUUCAAAAUGAUAAGAGAUGGCAUCGUUGUUUAUUGUUGCAGGCCUUUUUCAACCUAGCAUUCAUAGCAACAUACAUUUCUCUAGGAUUUUGCUUAGGGUCAGCUACCAGUUCUCCUAAGGUUGUAAGUGUACAUACUUGUGCUCUCUCUCACACACAAACCUGAAACAAGACCCAACAAGGUCUUCUGCUCACGUCGUUCUAAUUCCUGAGGGGAUUUGCAUCUGCUUUUGUUUUGCUUGGCAAGAUUGGCCUGUGUUUUACUUUGUUUCUUAUACUUAACUUGAAUGAAGGGAGGCUGUUAAACUCAACCAGUUUUCAUGAGAUUUAACCCAACCUAUGGCAUUCUUCUGACCCUGUCACAGUUUCUAGGUCACCUUGUAGAAUAUGCUACAUAGAAGACUAACCCUAAGUGAAUGUUUUGCUUUAGCACAUAUAUAAUACUUGCUUACCUUGUGUUUAAUUUAAGCUGUAUAAGGUAAUCAGACACAAUGGGGAUGAAUAUCUUAUAAAACCUAAUACUCUAACACUUUUGGACACCAUGAUCAAUAUUCAAAAUGAUAAAAUACAAACCACCAUAUACAAUAAACCUAUGAACCAACAUACAUAUCUGCACAGAACCAGCAAUUGCCCUAAACACACCAAGAAAACUGUAGUAUACAUCCAAGCCCUCCAAUACCACCAAAUUUGCACAGAGGAGAACACCCUGGAUUGCCACCUCACAAAUCUCAGAAGGGCCUUCACCCAACAAGGACACGCCUCUGGAGAGAGAGACCACACUUUUGAAAGAGCUACCCGGAUACCACACGAAGAUUUGCUGUGGUACAGAAAGAAAAUCCCCGCAAAUCGCACACCAUUAGUUAUGACAGAUCAUCCUUCCCUGGGCCCUAUACAGAAAAUCCUCAAAUUAUUGUAAACCAUACUAGAAGAUGACCCAGUUCUUAAAGAGAUCUUCCCAGAAUCACCCAUCCUAGCUUUUAAACAAGCAACAAGCCUCACUAACAUUAUCACUAGAAGCAAACUCCCUAUGACCCAAACCAUGCCCAAUGGAUCCAGACCAUGCCAGGACAAGAAAUGUAAAAUCUGCCAACACAUUUCCACUGCCCCCACAAUAACUACACCCCACAACAGAUCCACCACCAUUCCUGGAUCUUACAGCUGCAUCUCCAAAAGUGGUAUAUCUCUCAUCCAGUGCACCAAAUGCCCUGAUGGAAAAUAUGUUAGAGAAACCAAACAACAACUGCGCACCAGAAUGAACACAGACCAAAAAAUCUAUCAAAGACAAGAAUACCCAGUUACCUGUGGGGGCACAUUUCUCACAAGAAAACCUCUCUCUCUCUCUCUCUCUCUCUCUCCAGUCUCUCAGUUCUAAUCCUCAAAGGGAACUUACAAAACACCUUUCACGGAACAAGCCUAUGAACUUCACUUCAUCAAGCUACUAGAUACAAAAACCCAUGCACUCAAUAUAGACAUUGGAUUUAUGACACAUUACAACCUGCCUGACAUCCGAUUCACCACAUACCUGCCAGACCUGACCUUUUACACUUUCUUCCCCCCCACUCCUUUUUAGCCCUUUGUCUUCCUAAUCUCCAGCUACUUACUUUUUCACAGACCGCCUCUUUUCUAUCUUGAAAAUCUACUAUUGUAGAGUCUCCCUUACUUACCUUUGGUUCUUCUCCCCCCUCAUUUUUCCCCUCCCUUCCCUGCUGUACCUUUUGUUUUCCACAUUUCCACCUAUUCACAGUCUCACUGACAUCCUGUCACACUUUUAGCUUCUUUCAUUCCUUGGAGUCUCAGAACAGCAGAGAUUCCCAAUGCCUUAAGAAGGGUCAUUGCGCCUGAAAGCUUACUAAGAACUUUUUUCAAACUGCCUGGUUGGUCUAAUAAAAGAUAUCACAUGUACCCAAAGAACCUUGCCUGCCUUAUAGAACCCAAGGUAGGUUAGAUAGACAGAUAAUUGCUUUGAUGCUGUGUUGAGGAGUAUCUGACAUCUAUAACUGCACAAACAUUUUUACAAUGAAUGUAGGGCAGUGAGAAAAAAAGAAAGCAAGUGUGGUAGAAAUAGAGGGAUAUGUACUUGUAGUUAGUUUGCUUAAUUAAGCGGAGAAAUACCCAAUGGAUUACAACUGUGCUAUAAAUAGCUUGAAACAACUAUACAGACACAAGUUAGGCCAAUUAGUUUUCUGUUCACUUCGUACAUAAGAAUUUUUCUGAUCCCAAACAUUGACAAACAUUUUUGUAAAAUGCCUCUUUCAAACUCUCCUGUGUUUUCUAAUCACUAAAUAUUAUUGUGCAUCUUGUAAAAGAAAAAAAAAAAGAAAAAUGAAACCAGAAACUUCAGGCAGUACUGACCACACGUCUCUCUUUACACUUUGAAAGCAUUACAUGAACCCCAAGUCAUCUCUGUCAUGUGAAUCCACACUUGUUUCUAUCUAAUGAAGUCUUUUUUCACUGUCCAAUAGAAACCUGGAUUUUUCAGAAGAGACUGGAGGGAGGGGGAGGAAGGGAGUGUCCCAAAUGAAGCAGAUUACCACAGAUGCAUGAAUUAUGAUACUGUUGUUUGGAACUGAAAGACGACCAGAUUUCACAUUCUGGAGCUAAGUUUCAUGGAUUCAAAUUCCAACACUGUGGUUGUGACUGUAGAUUAGGUAUCACCAUAUUUCUUCUCUGUAAAUGGAGUGGAACAAGCAUGGAAGGUACUAUAUUGUCUAUGUGGAGCAGAGGGAUGCUUUAUUGUGCCCCCCCCCCCCAGCCCUGCACAUUAGUGGGUAUGAAGGAUCUUCCACAGGCUGCAUUAAUGGUACUUCUCCAGCACCUUGAGGUGUAUCCUGUAUGUUGUCCAUGUCUCAGCUCUGCACAAUAAGGUUUUGGUCCCUUUCGACAAUACCUUGUAAACUCUAGCUGGGAAGCAGUGAAGGAGCUGUCCAAGAUGGGCCUUGGUAGUGACAUAGAUCUUCAAAUUGUGCAACUGCCAGUGUCCUACCAAAAAACAAAGGAGUUGGUGUGGAAAAUUUGGACGACUCUCCAACCACUACUUACUGUUCACAUUGGGCUUGCUUCCUCCUCCAAAGCAAUCAUCAUCCUUGAACAGUGUGGGAAGAACAAAGGCUACAAAGAAAAGGAUGUUUGUGGGUAUUGCCCACAAGAUGGCUGUUGUCUGUUAGAUGGCCCGGAGCGACUUGACUCUACAAUUGAUAUGAAAACUCUCUGGAAAACUGUAGCUGUGGAAGGGAUUGACAUCAUCUUCUCCCGAGAUGCAGGAAGGUACAUCUGUGAUUAUACCUAUUACACCUCUCUGUAUUAUGGCAAUAGAAGAGCAGCUUUUAUCCACGUGCCUCCAUUAUCCAAGUCGGUAACAGCAGAUUUUCUAGGAAGAGUAUUACAAUUAAUUAUUUUAGAGAUGUUAAAGCAGUGUGGGAGAAACAGAGAAUAAGGAGGAGGAUUUACAAGAAGACACUCAAGUUCUGCACAGCAAUACCUCACCUGAGACAACCCUGAAGAGUUUAGUAAAAAAAAUACACACCAUUUUGGAGGAUAUAAAAAGUUGUAAAAAAUCAUCUUUAGUGAUAUUCCAGACACAAUUACAAAAAAAGAAAAAAAUAUAUAAUUUGUUAGAGGAAUGUAAAUGAUUGGUGCUUUAUUUAGCUAGUGGCCAUAAAUUAAAUUUAGUUUAGAGCUAACAGUACCAGGAAAGCAGCACUGAUGGCUAAACUGCCAUUUCCCCAAGAUAUUUUUUAUAUCAUAAUGAAAAGGUAAGAAACAAAUUGCUUUAAAAAGCUUUCUUGAAUGCUUGUUCUCAGUAUUUGAAAACUAGGCAAGCAGGCAUCAUGCAGCUUGCAUAGCUUCCUUAAGGAACUCCACUGAUGCACACAUUUAAGAUUAUAUACAAUUUGUCUGGUCACAAUAUGCUCCCUCUUGCCCUUCCAGCUGCAGGCUAGUAGACAAAGUUAGCCAUAUGAGAUGGACAUGUAAAAAACCUGCUUUUUGUGAGCGAUAGUCACAUGCAUUAUAUGGAUAUUUAAAAUCACUUGUGAAUGUUAUCAAGCCAACUGCAAUCCUCUCCCCAAAAGCACACUUAGGAUUGAGGAACUUUAGAAAAAUACUGUGAAAUAAGCUACUAACCACAUUCAAAGUGCCAUCGCUAUUCUCCCCUUGUUCUGCACUUAAAAGGCUUAUUGCAUUUGGGUCUGUUCUUUACUUUAGGAAUGCACUUGCAGAAGAAAUACCUUGAAAAGGCCAAGUCACCCUAUGUGCUUUUGAGGAAAAGGCUGCAGUUUUAUCCAAGGAGGGAGGACAGCAUCACUGCAGAAGUGAUGCUGUUUAUUUGCAUCUACAGUAGACUGUGAAGUUGCUGGUGACAAAUUAGGAUUACAGCAGAUUUUUGAAAUGAAUGUAAUGAUUAAUCUGGAUUCAACCUGCGCAAGGCCACUUACCCCAACCUCCUGGUGGAUAUAGCAUGACAGGGCAGAGGUUCUCUCUCGGGUAGGACGGUCCCAAGUAAUUUGUCAGCAUAAUCAGUCCAAAACCAACAACCGGAAUUGCCCCAGGAAAGGCAGUUGAUGGAGUGCAGCGUCACGUGCUGUUGUGGCCUACAACCGAAUUGUAAAGGUAGGCAAGGUGCCAAAUUCUACUCUAGCUGCAGUUUCACAAAGGAGUAAGGUGUCCCUCUUCUAUGCUACAGCGUUCUGCAAUCCAAUCUCAAGGCAGUAAGUGGCAACAAGGUCUACGGAAGAGAUGCAGCCAUAUGUAAAGGAGAAAAAUAAGUGUGUUGGGGCUGCCAUUUGCUCAUCUAAAAACAACUGGGAAUAAAAACAGCCCCUAUAUUGUAUGCCCUGGUAGCAGAAAAUACAAUGUUUCCACAGCUUCUUUCAGGCCAACAUACCAUCCGCUCUAAUUAGGAACCGUGUCCACUUCCCCUUGGAAAUCUGAACUUCAUACAAUGCCAGGACAUGAUCAUGCCUCAAGUGCACCCUCUACGCCACACCAUGGCUGAAACCUGCUAACAUGGGUCUAGAGGCGUGAAAAGGCAUCAAGAUCCCAGCCACUGCCCUGCAACCACCUUCUCCAGAUGUAAGCAGGCGAUUCAUGAGUAGGUGUGGGUGAACACACUGCCAGCACCUGAAGACGGCUCUGAGCUCAGCAUCCAUCAGAUUGGCACUGUACCUUCUUCAAACCACCAGCCAAGGAUCCCACUGUCCGUCGGGACCUCAGCAGCCAAGAACAAGGUCCAGAAGCUGGAACUGCAGCAGGGAAGACCACAUACGUUAAAUAAAAGGAAGCCGUAAAAAAAGCCGACUAGCCUUGCGCAAAAGGAGUACUUACUUUAACUGGAAUGUCUUUAAACAGAAAUUAAAUGGAAUUCAGCUUGUAUGGCAGAAAACCUGUACAGGCAGAAAUUUUAAUUUUCUGGGACUAUAGUUUCUUUGGGUGAGUUUGGGAUAACAAACAAAGUCAGAAGACAGACAAAUGCAUACAGAAUUCUUUUAUUUAACUUAAAUCAUGUAGUACUGUAACUACUAGAAAAAAGCAGAGUAAGAGAAACUAAAGGAGCCUUAGCUUCAGCCAUUCAAAAUAGACAAAGUUUCUUUUUUCAUAAUGUAAAGAAUCCAGAGUAUAUCGCAAUAACAGGAAUAAAUUCUUACAACAGAAUAUACAAAAACGUUUUGAAAUUUUAUCAUCUACUGAUUCAUUUUAUAUAAACACAGGAAUUUCUUUAGGAAUAAUUUACACACAGCAAGUCUUUUUAUGUAAUAAAUUGGCCAUGUUAUUACUGUUUUAAUUUUUUUUUCUCUUUUUUAAAAAAAAAUUUUUUUUUGUUUUUUUUUUUUAAA